GAGACAAACCUGAAGAAAGAGGAAGUGACUAAAGCAGACUGAUGUGGAGACAGAGAGAUCCACACACACACAUCAUUCAGCAUCAACAACACACUCAACUCAAGUCACAAUGAAGAUCCUCCUCAUCAACUUCUUGACUUUACAGCUGAUCUCAGGUCAGAGCUUUUCUCUUUCAGUCACUGGAUACUCUGGAGGAAGCCUGAUGUUGGAUUCUGGGAAACUCUGGUUCAGUGACUCUAAUAAAUAUCUGGCUAAAUUACCAGACUGGAGGACAAUAAUAAAGGAUAGGAAACAUGAGAGAUGGAUUAAUGAAGGACGAUUCACUCUGUUUCUAAACAAUAAUGGAAACCUCAUGAUCUUCAUCAGAGAUCUGAACACAGAUGAUGCUGGACAAUACUGGAUCGGUGCUCUUUAUAACUGGGGUGCAGAUUUGACGUUACAUGUGGAAGAAGACUCCUGUUGUGCGUCAAAAAGAGUGAUCAUGACUGUUGGAGAAACUGGCAGCUUCAGCUGUGAAUAUUCUCAUAAUCAUAUUAAUGAUCCCAAGAUCAUAUUCAAAGAGGAAAGAGACUCCAUUGAGAUGAUUUACAGCACACUGAAUAAGAAAGAAAGAUUCAAUAUAUCUGAUGACAGACAGAGAAACUCAUUCAGUGUGAGCAUUACUGCAGUGACAGCAGAUGAUGGAGGAGUUUAUUUAUUGUCUCCAGUAGUGAGACGUGAAGGAGAAUCUGCUCAGAUCUUCUGCCCUUAUGAUUCAAUCUAUCAAUCAAAGUCAAAGUCUCUCUGUAAGGGGAAGUGCUCCACUAGAGACACACAUCCUCUGGAUGAGACUGUGAGAGAAGAGAAAGAGAGACUGACUCUGCAUGAAGACGUCACAGCAAGUGUCUUCACUGGGACCAUCACUGGACUGACAGCAGAGGAUGCUGGGAAAUACUGGUGCGCAGUGACAUUAGACAGAGAGCUGAAUUAUCUUUACACUCAUCUGAUGGUCAUCAUCAAUCAGGAGCUGAGCUUGACUAAGUAUGAAGGAGACGACGUGUCCAUCCAGUGCAGACAUCAUGAUGGAGAUCAGAAAAGCUUCUGCAAAGCACACAAAGCCUCCACGUGUGUGAAGGAUGGAGAUUCAUUGGAGACCAUCAGAGAUGCUCGAUUCUCUAUCAGUGAUGAAGCGUCUGCUGGAGUCUUUACUGUCAACAUCACUGAUCUGAGAGCAGACGACUCUGGAGUUUACUGGUGUGGAGCUCAUGCUGUCACUAAAGUCAACCUGAGGGUUAAAACAGAUUUCACCUUCAUCAACCUCAUUUGUAUGUGUUCGGCGAUACUUCUGAUUGGUGGAUUCACUUUGGUUAACUCUAAAGUGGGCGUGUCUACAGUGAUUGGGUCCUCAGGAGCUGCUCUGAUGAUCAAGUGUGAACAUCCUCAACACAAAACCAAGACAAAAUACAUCUGUAAAGAAUCAUCAGCUGGAUGUUCAGGAGAUCAGGAGGAAUGGAUGAAGAAUGGAGAUGUUUCUGUAGAUGACGACACCAGAGCAGGAGUCUUGAUGGUGUUUUUUAGAGAGCUGAAAGCUGCAGAUGCAGGAACAUACAGGUGUGGAGUGAAGGACUCUGAAUAUACUGAGAGAUUCACUCAACUUCAGCUCAACAUCACACACGAUGGAAAAUAUCCAAAAGUCAUGACUGAAUCUGUUCAUCUUGGCGGAGAAGUGAACAUCAGCUGUCAGAUCCCAGAAGAAAAGAAAAAUAUAUAUUUCUGCAAGGAAAAUGAUCUUAGGAUCUGCCAGAUAACGAGAGCCUCUGAAGAGCCACAAUUGACUUCUGAAGAGAGGGUUUUUAAUGUGAGCAUCAGAAAUGUGAAUGUCAGAGAUGCUGGAGUUUACUGGUGUGGAGCAGAAACCAGAGACACACACGUGACCUUCAUCUCCCUGACCACUAAAAUCCAGCUCAGCGUCAUCAGUGACGAUUUCACCAGGAUCAUCAUCAUUGUUAAUGUGUGCAUCACUGCGCUGUUGGCUGGUGGAUUCACUCUGGCUGUGUGUAAAUUAAGACACAAGACAACAGAAAAAACCUGUACAUCAGAGGUGGGAAUCAGGGAGACAAAUACAUCAUCAGACAGCCUGGAUCCUGAUCCUGGAUCAGCAGAAAUGAUCAGUCCUGAUGAAGGAUCUUCUGAUGGGCUUCAGUACACAUUCAUCACUUUCCAGAAGCAGCAAGAGUCUCUCAGUAAAGCUGCAGUCGCCUUAAAGACAAGUCGGGUUUACCCUGAUUACACCCUAGUCGUUUUACCACAGUAAACUAGACUAACUCACCCAUCACAGAUCAUCAUGGUACAGCAGUAGUUCUUCAUUUAUUAGUUGAUAUUUUGCUGUCGUGCACAGGUGGCUGAUCUGAAACUGUGUUUGGUUUGAUUGUCGUUCAGUUCAGUGUGUUGAAGUUUCACUGCUGCUCGUG